CUUCCACCGUCAUCAUGUUCCUCGAACUUGCUCGGCGGUCGACAGCGCUGCGACCCACAGCACGGCUUGUCUCCUGUAGAAGAUUUGUGUCUGACUUUUCUUCAGUCGAGGAUGACCGCAACGAGCUUAAGAAAAUUAUGAGUGACGAAGCAGACAAGGCAGAGGCUCAAGAAGCAACUGUCGACCCCAACAUCUCGUGGCAGCAGAAGGGCGUUCGAAGGAAAUUUUCUCCUGGUCUGUUCAUCCGUCCGCACUACUGGUCUCACGAGCAUCGUUUCGAGAAACAGAGACUCUCCACCUCUCAGCCACUCGUAGCUCCGGGAAGUCGCGAAGCUCGUGAACGUGACGCGCUCCGCCACUUCGGAAUAGACCCCGUGUACGAGACGAGCAAUACUACCCUGCUCGCCUCGUUUAUCACCGAAAUGGGUAAAACCAAGAGCCGCGUCGAAACAAAGCUCACCACCAAAACGCAGCGGCGAUUGGGUAAGGCGAUACGUCGCGCCAAAAUGAUGGGCAUAUUGCCUCAGCUUAGCAAUCCAAGAAUUGCACCCCGCCAGUCUCAGAGGCUCGUUUUACCCAAGCCAUCGUAGAUUACCACCCGAUGUCUGUUCCUCCAUUCGAGCAUCAAUUACUUCCUUCUCUACCAGUCCCAACCUUAGUAAUCAUCACCAAACCUUGUGCAAGAAUACCAUGUCAGGCAGGUUCCUAAGGGCGCUGGGGGCAUCAUGGCAGAUGAGUUUACUUCCCCC